AUGUGUGUCGGCGAAAAUUGUGCCCCUCAAGCUGUGCAUUACAUGAAUGCGCAGUUAGCUGCGCUUUAUGAUAAUGCCCGCGCUUGUCUCGACGACCACCAUGUCACUGAAAAGAAGCCUGAAGAGACGAGGUACUCUCAUGCCUUGGCCGAGUACAAGUACUUCGAUGGGCACAAAGACGAACCUAAGUUCUCUGCGAGCUUCGAUAAACCCUGGGUCGAAUUCAUCUGCAACCACGAUGUCAUCCUUCACUUGAAGAUCCGCGAGGGUCACUAUCGUCUUGACUACCAUAAAGCACCCAUCACCUAUUCCAAACAAGAUAUCGUACAGCCUCUUGAAGAGGUCGAGCUGUCCUUCCGCGUUCGCUUUGACAUCCAAGGCCUGCGCGGAAAAGAUGCUAAGAUCUCCAGCCAAGAUAAUUUGAUUCAACUCGUAAUCCUCAAUUUGACCAAGGCUCAACUGAUUGCGUCCGAGCCCGCUAUCAUCAUUGGCAGAGAUGCUUUCGUCCACUACAUGGAACAUUACCUCUGUUUCCUUCACCAGGCCGGUAACCACGUUCUCUUCUCGCUGCCCGACUUCGACGACGACAAGUAUCGUUUGACUAUUGACUUUUCGCUCAUGAAAUCACACGUGCCUGACGUGCAUGAACUCCACGGUAUUUCGAUCGACAAGAUCAACGAGUACCUGUUGUCUGUGUGGCUCAAGGCUGCCAUGCUCAUGGAUGGCGCGCAUGGGAAAGUGCAUGACUGGAAGCAAACCUGCCUCGCCGAGUAUCGCAGCACCUGGUCCCACCACGGCGAUGGUGACAAUCACUUCCGCGUCAGGCUUGGAGCCCCGCGCAUCAAGGCCAUUUGCUCCCGUGAAGUCGUCCUCUAUUUCACAAUCGAGGAGGUCCACUUCUACGACUCUGCUGAUUUCGAGAAGGAACCAUGCCAUAGUUACUCCAACUGGGAGAUUGCCGUCCUCGUUGACGUCAUUUAUGAGAAGACGCACGACGGUCACGUCACGACCUGCAAGUUGGAUCUUUCCACGGCGCGCUCGUACCAUUCUCAGUGCAAUUUCGGCGACAUUGUCGCCAGCGACGAGACCGUACUCUCGUAUUGCACUCGUAUGCUCACAUUCUUCACCGAAGCCUACCUCGACAUCCUAGAGAGCAUCGAGCUCCACGUCAUAUACCGCUUCGACGCCCGCUGGCUGAGCCCAGUUCAUGCGGAUGACGGCUCUGAGGAUGAGGAUGAGCCAUCUCACGGCGAAUGGGAAACGGUCCCCAAGCCCGGCACAACGCGCGGCGGUUGGGCAAGCACCGUGACUCAAUCCGAGAUGUACGGCUUUGACCAGAUCACUGCCAUCUCCCAGUCGUCGGUCAACGCCCAUUUCCGUGCGCUUUGGGAAGUCAGGCACUCGGUACUGGCGACGUGGAAGUUCGAACAAUACUUCCAGGCCGAGUUCGAGCCUGUGACAAUACGCCUCCUCAGUCAUGAGCGCGCGAUUGUUUCGAUUCGCAUUCAGCACGGGUUCCUCAAGCCAUUGAAGGGCGGAAAACUGCACGCGGACCAUGCCGAGCGCCACUUCGACAACUGGCACCUUGUGUUUGAGGUCGGCAUCAAGAGGACUAAGCAUAGCGAGUUGAAUGUCUCCGACGGCUGGAGGCAGAAGUUCAAGGAGAGCCUCAUCUUCAAGGAGCACGGCCAUGACAAGAAUCGCCAGCUCGAGCACAUAUACCUUGAUUUCCAGCAUGCCGAGUUCUUGUAUGACUUCUCGACCUUUGAGGGGUUGUUCAACAAGGGCAAGCACACUCAUGGUGCCAUUGACAACGUACUAGCAGCGAGACAUUACGUGGAAAAGCAGUACCUGCCGCACCUGGUUCACUCCGGUCUCCACAUCAUCCACACUGUCCCGGUCUGGACGUCUGGUCCUGCCGAUUCGCUUCCGUCCUGCGCGCUGACCUCCUUCACCUUCCAUGUCUACUCGAAGACGGAGAUCACGAGGCACUCGUGGGCGCAUGGAGCCCUGGAGCCCGUCAUCAUUGUCCUCGGGAUGACCAAGUACCGCGAGCUCCCUUCCAUGCAUCUCGAGUACUCGGCCAACUGGGACAUUCGUGUGACCAAGGGCGUCUCUCACGGCACCGUCUGCGUCUCGCGCUCGGCAUUCAUGGAGACGCGCCUACUCCGUCUCCUUGAGCAGGUCAACUCUCUCACGACCGUCGUUCCCAAGUUCUAUGGCGUCCAUGAUGGCGACUGGGUGCUCGACUUGACGACUUGGGCACUGCAUGAUUGGCGCAGGAACCUUGAUUGCAAGUGGGUUCCUGUCGGUGGUGACAGCAGCGUCGUAAAAUACAAGUGGCAGCAUCGCGACUGCUGGAACUACGAGCACGAGGGCAGCGGUGAGGUUGCUAACGGGACAUACUCUGUGUACUGUUUUACGCGCAACUAUGUGGAGCUGCCCACUGCAAUUAGGAACAAGCCAUUGGACAUCAAAGUCUGGGGUGAGAUAGACCUCGAGAUGUCGUACAAGUCCGGCACGCACCAUGGCAGCGCGAAGUCCAAGGCUACAUGGAGCACCGUACUCUGCGUUCAGACUGAUAUGGACGGCGUCAAGGUGACCGUCGGCGCUCAGCCGAUAGUCGAAAUAGAGAAGACGAGCCACGAGGGGAACACCAUCUCGGCCAAGUUCCCCGACCUGCGCGCUGCCCUCGAGGCACAGCUCCCUAAAGUUGUCGAUUUCAACGCGAUUUUGAAGGAGCUCAGGACAUUCGAGGGUGUCUGGCGCUACGGUUAUCACGGCACGCAGGGCUACUGCCUCGCGAACCCGGUAUUCACGCUCCAUGGCGACCUCCUGUUCGAGCUGCGCCCCCAUGGCCAGCAGGUCGUGCGCCCCAAGCCACUGUCGGCUAGUCUCCACCAGGUCAGCAUGAGUGGUGGCCGCGCGCCUUCCAUCAUCCGGUCGGACUCUUUCUUCAUUCGCGCCAAGUCGGCCAUCAAGUCAGUCCUGCAGGACAACGCGAACGGACAAUCAUUGACCUUGACCAACGGUAAUGGACAAGUAUCGACCAACGGUAACGGGAAAGCAUCGGCCAAGGGUAACGGCGGCGCCCACAACAGUCCAACUGGGAAUGGGAACAAACGCCGCGUCAGCGGCCACAAGGACGUUGUCUACUCUGAGAAGACGAUGCAACUCGACGUGAAGACUGUGCUUGCCGAGAAGAGUACGGUGCAGGUUGAAGAAGAGGUCGAAGUAUCCUUUCUGGUGCCUAAGGUGGCAAUGGCAUAG